CAUGAUUUUGUAAAGGUGACUGAUGACCACAAAAUGGUGUAAAGGCGAUAUUAAAACUCAUAAUUUAUUUGGGCUAUUAUUAUAUUUUAUGUACUUAGUCCAGUUAUACUCAGAAUUUUAAAUAUGGAGAGAAAAGUGAUAACGAUUGAUCACAAAUAAACCGUCACGCCUUCAUACUGACUGGUAUGCAGAAAAAGGGUUAAUGAACUAAAGUUGUUAACGGAUGUUUUACGUGGAUGUUUUUUAGUGAACAGAUUCAAUACGAGUCAUGAAUUAAAAUAUUUGAAGCUAGUUAGCGGAGUUAAUUAACGGUCGAGCCACUCCUCCCAUCGUUAAAGGACCUCAUUAACGUUGUCGCGCCAAGUUCAAACGUGGUGCCCAUGAGCUCAUCUCAGGUGGUCUGAAAUGGCCUCUGUGAAUGCAGCACAGCAGCAUCUUAACUUCUCCAGCAGUGGGGAGGAGGACAGCAGUGACAAUAGCUUUGAUGAAUGGGCGCACAGGAGUGUUCCAGUCAGAAGCCCCUGUCGGACACCUCGGGUACAGCGCCACCGCACCAGGAGUAUCACGGUUUCCCCCUCCAUCCCUACCUCUCCCAUUCCGUAUGCUGCUUGGAAAAAACUCCGGCUUUGUGACUCACCCAGUACACCAAAGAGUUUGCUGUCUAAAUCAACUCUCCCUUGCUCUAGCAGCAAGCCAUGUCGCAGUCAAAGAUUUCUUCGUUUGUCUACUGCUUUUGAUCGUGUGCCCUCCGUAAACGUUAACCCUUUCACACCAGAGACGGUGCGCAGGAGCAGUGAACACCACAAGAGGAAGAGCCAAAGGAGUGAUGAUGAUGAGGACGAUGCACAUAGAUCUAAGGAAACUCAGAACUCGUCAGAGGAUGAAAAUUUCUUCCUCCCCUCAAAGAGGCCAGCAGUGUCAGCCCGCAUGCUGUCGCGUUAUGAGAGUGAGUUUCUAGAGCUGAGCUGCAUCGGCGUGGGCGAGUUUGGUUCCGUGUAUCGAUGUGUGAAGAGGUUGGAUGGUUGCAUGUACGCCAUCAAGCGCUCACGCAGGCCUAUUGCAGGCUCCGCCAAUGAGCAGCUGGCCUUGAAGGAAGUGUACGCCCAUGCAGUGUUGGGCCAUCACCCUCAUGUUGUGCGAUACUACUCCGCAUGGGCUGAGGAUGACCAUAUGAUCAUACAAAAUGAGUACUGUGAUGGUGGUAGCCUCCAUGAUGCUAUAACUGAAAAAGGAGAGCAAGGAGAGUUCUUCAGUGUUCCUGAGCUGAGGGAUCUGCUCCUUCAGGUCUCCAUGGGGCUCAAAUACAUCCACAGCCUAGGCCUAGUGCAUCUUGACAUUAAACCCAGUAAUAUUUUCAUCUGCCGUCGACCUAGCUCAAGUGCAGGUGGAGAGGGAGAUAGCGAAGAAGAGGAUGAAAGCCCCUCCUAUGGGGUUGUAUAUAAAAUUGGUGACUUGGGUCAUGUAACAUCCAUCUCAAGUCCUCGGGUAGAGGAAGGGGAUAGCCGCUUCUUGGCCUAUGAGGUCCUGCGAGAGGACUAUACACAUCUUCCUAAAGCAGAUAUUUUUGCACUGGGCCUGACAGUGUUUUUAGCUGCCGGAGCGCCACCACUUCCUCAGAAUGGAGAUGACUGGCACAGCCUCAGGCAGGGUGAGCUACCCAGCCUGCCCCAGGAGUUACCAGCACCCUUUAAAGACCUUCUAAAGACACUGUUGGAUCCUGAUCCUACUACUAGGCCAUCUGCUUCUGCAUUGUGUCGUCAUGAUGUACUGCGCAAGGAGAGGGCCGGCAAACUGGCUGCACAACUUCGUAAGGAAUUAAAUGUGGAGAAGUUCAGAACAGCUACGCUGGAAAGAGAACUCAAGGAGGCCCGACUGGCUGCUACCUCACCGCAACAGUCAUCACAACCAGGGUCUCUUCCAAGAGCUGGGAGGAAGCUUGUGGGCAGAAGUGCUGCCCGUUCCAUGAGCUUUGGUUUCCCUGGAUACUAGCACUGAAUUCGUCAUGUACUGCAUGUCAUCAGAUCUAAAUACUGUAUUUCUGGAAUGCAAUAGUCAGAUGCUUUUGCAUUAAUCUGCAUUUGUAAAUGGUGAAACUUCAGAUGCUCUUUUUGUCAUCUCUUAACAUCGCCAUUUGCUCAUAGUUUUAUUUUUGGCAUGAAUCGGUGCAUAUUUAUGGUUUGAUGUUGAAUGGCACAUUUAUCUUUUCAAAUAACUGGUGCUUUUUAAUUGUAAAUAAAGUUUUUAAAUGUUA